GUAUCAAUAACGAACUUCACUACCCUAUACUACGGAGAUAUCAAUUACCGUUCAUCAUAUCGAAACUAAGCCGAUACUACCUAUCCCUUACGAACCACCACCAUCGCCUUGAUUUGCUUUCGCUCAAGACAUUCACCAAUCUUCGACUACAACCAUGGGUCUAGAGAAUUUCGUCGAGGAGGUCGUCGACGCUGUUGACGGGCAAGACGCCGCCGAACAAGUAGCAGCCGAUAAGAUCGGUAACGACGCCAAGGAGGAUGCCGUUGUUGACAGUAUUGUCGAUGAAGUAGCAGAGAAGGAAGGCGUCCCGGCUGCUUUCCUUCCUGAGAUCAACAAUGUUGUUAAUGAUGAGUUCAAUAAGCUCUGAGGUUGAAGAGAUUGGGAGGGUGUGGUUAGGGGAGAUGACG